CACCUACAAUAAAGUUACAGAAAAUAGUACAUCAGUACGUUUGUACACUAUUUAAAUAUUUCAGCAAUGAGACACUUAAUCUUCGUCCUAGCCAUCUCUUCUAUGUAUGCACAAAACCAUUUUGAGCAUGCGCAGCUGGUGGACCAAGAGUUUCUUCAUAUAGAUCUUCACCCUAAAGAUGGUUUUCUGGAUAUGAACGAAUUUACAACUUUUUUCAACGUCCUGGAUACUGAUAGAAAUAGAAAACUGACAUACGCCGAGUUUGCAGACCCUGAUAUUGAUAACCUUGUGCAACACUGGUUAUUCAGCUAUUACGACACCAACAAAGAUGGAUCUCUGACGAAGGUUGAAUUCGUAGAUAACAAUUUCAGUGCAAUGGAUAUUAACGGUGACAAGCUAGUGACAAAAAAUGAAUUUGCCAAUUACUACUCAAAUUUAAUUCAACACCUUCAACAACAUGGGCGUUAAUGUUUAUAUUUUCUAAAUAAAUGUUCUUUUAAAUUGC